AGCGCCGACCACCGGGUGCAGCUGGACCUGGGGCUGUGGGACAAGUUCAGUGAGUUGGCCACCAAGUGCAUCAUCAAGAUCGUGGAGUUCGCCAAGCGCCUGCCGGGCUUCACCGCCCUCACCAUGGCCGACCAGAUCACCCUCCUCAAGGCCGCCUGCCUCGACAUCCUGAUGUUGAGGAUCUGCACGAGGUACACGCCGGAGCAGGACACGAUGACCUUCUCGGACGGGCUGACGCUGAACCGGACGCAGAUGCACAACGCGGGGUUCGGGCCCCUCACCGACCUCGUGUUCGCCUUCGCCGGGCAGCUCCUGCCCCUCCAGAUGGACGACACCGAGACGGGGCUGCUGAGC